AUGGAGACUCUGUUAGAACAGCAACGUCGGUAUCAUGAAGAAAGAGAAAGGUUGAUGGAUGCGAUGGUUAAGGAGAUGCUCCUACCAAAAAAAACGCCCCGAGAACAAAUCAAUUCAGAUCAGCGAUUGAAGCUCCUGCUUGAUCGUUCUGUUGAAUGUACAAAUGAAUUGAAGGAUUUGUAUGAAGAUAAAGAUGGGUUAAGAAAGGAAGAAGUAGCUGCUCUUUCUGGGCCAAAUGAAUUUGUGGAAUUUUAUGCUCGACUCAAAACAAUAAAAGACUUUCACAGAAAACAUCCUGGAGAGAUCAAUGUGCCUAUGUCUGUAGAGUUUGAAGAGCUGGCAAAAUUCCGUGAAAAUCCUUCAGAAGAGACUCAGGACAUGGCGGAAUUCACAGAUGAAGAGGGCUACGGCAAAUAUUUGGAUCUUCAUGAAUGCUAUGAGAAGUUCAUAAAUUUGAAGGGAAUAGAUAAAAUAGACUACAUAUCUUACCUGUCAACAUUUGACCAGUUUUUUGAUAUUCCUAAAGAAAAGAAAGGGGCAGCCUAUAGAGAUUAUUUGCUGUGCCUGUUAGAAUAUGUGGAAUCUUACACCUAUAAAGUGAAGCCUCUUUUUGAUGUCAGUGAGGAAAUGGAAAAUGUCAUGAAGGAUUUUGAAUGGCACUGGGGUGAAGGUACUUUCCCUGGCUGGCCAAAAGAAACAACUGGUGCUCUGACCCAUGCAGGUGCUCAUUUAGAUCUGUCUGCUUUCUCCUCGUGGGAGGUAAGUUUUUCUUUUCUUUUCUUUUUUUUCAUUCUUUUCUUUUCUUUUUCUUUUUUUUUCAUUCUUUUCUUUUUCUUUUUUUUCAUUCUUUUCUUUUCUUUUUCUUUUUUUUCAUUCUUUUCUUUUCUUUUUCUUUUUUUUCAUUCUUUUCUUUUUCUUUUUUCUCUUUUUUCAUUCUUUUUCUUUUUUCUCUUUUUUCAUUCUUUUUCUUUUUUCUCUUUUUUCAUUCUUUUUCUUUUUUCUCUUUUUUCAUUCUUUUUCUUUUUCUCUUUUUUCAUUCUUUUUCUUUUUCUCAUUCUUUUUUCUUUUUUCAUUCUUUUCUUUUUUUUCAUUUUCUCUUUUUUCAUUUUCUUUUUCUUUUUUUCAUUCUUUUUUCUUUUUUCAUUUUCUUUUUUUCAUUCUUUACUUUUUCUCUUUUUUCAUUCUUUUCUUUUUCUCUUUUUCAUUCUUUUUUCUUUUUCAUUCUUUUUUUCAUUCUUUUCUUUUUUCUUUUUUCAUUCUUUUUCUUUUUCAUUCUUUUUUCAUUCUUUUCUUUUUUCUCUUUUUUCAUUUACUUUUUUCUUUUUCAUUUUCUUUUUUCUCUUUUCAUUCUUUUCUUUUUUCAUUCUUUUCAUUCUUUUUUUCAUUCUUUUCUUUUUCAUUCUUUUCUUUUUUCAUUCUUUUUUCUUUUUCAUUUUUCUUUUUUCAUUUUCUUUUUUUUUCAUUUUCUUUUUUCUCUUUUCAUUCUUUUCAUUUUUUUUUUUUCAUUCUUUUUUCUUUUUCUUUUUUCAUUCUUUUUUCAUUCUUUUUUCUCUUUUUUCAUUUUCUCUUUUUUCAUUUUCUCUUUUUUCAUUUUCUCUUUUUUCAUUUUCUUUUUUUUCAUUUUCUUUUUUUUCAUUCUUUCUUUUCUUUUUUCUAUUUUCUUGUCUUUUUCUCUUUUUUUCAUUCUUUUCUUUUUUCUCUUUUUUCAUUCUUUUCUUUUUCUUUUCUCCAUUUCUCUUUUUCUUGUUGAAAAACCAUUUAAUAUCUAUGAAGACACUUCUUAUCACAUUGUGUACAAAACUUCUGUGA